AUGUCUCCUCCUUUCAAGAAAUGUGACAUCUGCAGCGGGAAGGUUCCUGUUCAGGACCCCCAUUCUUCUUGCCUCUUCUGCCUGGGCCGGGACCACGACCCCAGGGUCUGCAGCCUCUGUAAGUCCAUGUCCUCCCAAGCCCGUAAAAAUCGGGAGUCGCGGCUGACGUCCGCAAUUGCCCAGGGCAAGAUCAGGGAAGGGGAUCCUCGCCCGGCAUCAGCCCCUUCGGCAUCGGCCCCAUCUGCCCAGGCUCGUAGCGGCCCUUCCAGCGCCCCUCCUUCUACCUCUCUGGGAAAAGACACGGGGAGUUCGGACUCUUCUCGCCCGCCGGCUCGCGUUGCCGCCUCCAAACCCCCGAAACAUUCCCGCACAUCGGGAUCAGUCGGGCAGGACACGGCUCCCGGCCGUAUGGAGGUAGUCUCCUCUGAGGCAUCGAAGAGGCAGUCAUCAGCUCCGGAGACGACUUCGUCCUCUUCGGCUAAGAGGCCCAAGUCGACUUCCAAGACCGGCUCCCAUUCGGGCUCGCCUUCCAAGAGGCGCUCGGACGACGCUUCUCUCCCUCGCAAGUCUCAUCGGGAGUCCCGCCGUGACCGCCCGCGUCCCGAUUCCCCGGGACGGGUCGACCCUCUGGCCACGCCUAUGGUGGGCAACCAUUCACCUACGCGAGACCUUCACCAUUCUCCGGUUGACAGCCGCGUUCGGGACACCGCUGCCCAGACCGUGCCAACUCAGACGCAGUCGGCGACUACGCUCCCCUUCCUCCUGUCGGACGACGAGGAGGUAGCUGAUCGGCCUCCAAGGUCUCCUUCUCCGGCUUCGCUGGCUCCACGCUCUCCGGCUGAUCCUCAAUAUUAUUAUGAUUCGGAGACGGACCAAUUCUUUCUCCCGGUCCCCAAGGAGGUGGUUCUUGCCAAAUCUGUCCGAGGUCGGGACCGUCCUCGGGAUGUGGACCAACCUCAAGGCCAGGAACACCAUCGUCGAGAGCCCCCCGACCGAGCAGGCCCAUCAGCAUCGGCUCCAUCUCGGCGUGUGGACAGGCCUGUCGAACACUCGAGACCGUAUGCUGCGGUGGACUUGUUAGUUUCCGAUUCCGAACCCGAGCCUGUGGAUUCGGAAUACUCUUCGGGGGACGACGACCCAGCCCAGAACUCUCCGCAGCUCUUGCACCAUCCAGAAGCGGCCUCUCCCACGGAUGAUGUUAGGUCGUUCCUCGAACAUGUUAUUAAAAUGUCCAGGGCUCUGGACAUUGAACUCCAAUACCCUGAGGAAGAGGCCAGGGACCCCCUCGAACGCAGGGUUCGCAGCAGGGCCCACUCAACACCUCUGGUCCCCUUCAUGCCGUCCCUGGAAGCCCUGGUCAGACGCUCGUGGGACUGCCCCUCCUCCCUGGUGGGACCGCCGCGCAAGAUCGAAUCCCUCUAUAAGGUCUCAGCUCCAACCGCCCCGUGGCUCACCUCCCACCCCCGACAAAACUCUGCUAUUGUCGAGGGUGCCCAGCAGACCUCAACUCAACGGCAAGCGGCAGUGCCGUUCGACAAGGAGGCUAAGAAGGUUGAUGCCCUGGCCAGGAAGGCAUACGCGGCUGCAGCACUAGCGGUGAAAGCAACCAACUACACCGCUUGCAUGGGUGCCUAUAUUCAAACGCUUAUGGAGGGCAUCUCUCCCAUCGUGCCCGACGUCCCGGAUGAGGCCCAACGCACCCUUACCGAGAUUAGGGAUGAGGCCCAUUCCAUUGGCGCGUGGCUCAUCACCGCAUCCAGGAACGUGGUGGAGUGUUCGGGCAGGGCCAUGGCGGCUGCCAUCGCCCUAAGAAGACACGCUUGGCUGCGGGGUUCGGACCUUAACACCAACGUUAGGUCCACCAUAGAGGACAUGCCGAUAGACGACUCGGGCCUCUUCCAUGCCGAGACGGAUGACAAGCUGAACCGAAAGUUCAGGUUGAAGGCGGCGGCGAGAAAGCAUGGACCAGUGGUUCGCGACGGUCGACCUCAAGGACGCCUACUUCCACAUCGGAAUUCGGGAGUCCCACCGGAGGUUCCUCGCCUUCGCCGUCGGCUCCGACGCAUACCACUACAAUGUGCUCCCGUUCGGGCUCGCUACAGCCCCACGGGUCUUCACGAAGUGCAUGGCCCCAGUGGUGGCUUACCUCCACAGCAAGGGCUACAGAGUCUUCCCUUACUUAGACGACUGGCUGUUCGUCGCAGACUCCCAGGACGAUCUUCAGGAGGCAAUCGCAUUCGCCACCCGGCUGCUGAACUCUCUCGGACUAGUGAUCAACGAAGACAAGUCCCAUUUUACUCCGUCCAGGCAGGUGAAGUUCAUCGGAGCCAUCCUCGAUUCCGAAAGAUGCUCCGCUUUCCUUCCUGUAGACCGUUUCCAGUCACUGGUGACAUCACUGACACCCUGCAUCUCCCACAGAAGAGUGAGAGCCGGGGACGUCCAGAUCGCUCUGGGUCACAUGGCAUCAACGACCUUUGUGACGCCGUGGUCGAGACUUCGCCUACGUCCUCUCCAGGCUUGGUUUCUGUCGGCCUUCUCUCCGUUAGACGAUUCCCCAUCCAAGUGGCUAACGGUACCGAGACCGGUGGCCGCUUCUCUCAACUGGUGGCUGGACGACCGCAACGUGUGCGCCGGGAUGCCCUUUCACCAACCACAACCUCAGGUGACACUGACAACCGACGCUUCCCUAGAGGGCUGGGGCGCCCAUCUCCUCGACCUGGUUGUCAAAGACAAGUGGUCACACUCGGACAGCCUUCUCCACAUCAAUGCCCUCGAGAUGCUCGCGGUCGAAAAAGCCCUGAGAGCUUUCGAAUCCGCUGUGUCAGGCAGGGUGGUGCUCUUAAGGACGGACAACACCACCGUGAUGUAUUACAUCAACAAACAGGGUGGUACCAGGUCAAGGACCCUCCUCGAGAUGACCCUGCGCAUCUGGGACUGACGGUGCUUCCUCCGCCUCGAGCCUCGCCCGGACCUGUUGUCGACCCAGGACGGACGAAUUCUCCAUCCCGACAUCGACAACCUACCGAUGGUAGCCUGGAGGAUCCAGCCCUGACUGUCUUGCCGGAGUCG